AUGACGAUGAAAGCACCGUCACUAUCUUGCUUGCGAGAGCUUCGUGCGCUGAUUGCACCAGAAAGCAAUCGAUACUGCCUCUCAGCAACCCGCAAUUAUGCCACCGGAUCAAAAUCUACAACACCCACACCCACACCCACGCCCACACCGACGACGCCCAUGAAUUACACACCACGCGAGGAAAAGGACCCCGAUGCUGAUCCCGUACCCAAGCCACUGCAACGACCAAUUGGCUUGCCUCACCCACCUCGAGCUGGCGAGAACACUGGAGUCGACGAUCGCAGCUGGAAAGAACGCAGGGACGACUUUGUCAACUAUGACAAGCAUCUUGUUCGCCGCAAGAAGCUGAGCGACACUCUGUACCGUCCUUAUUUCCGCGACUUUAGCGCCAUGCGUCACUUCAAGGGAAAGACAUUUAUUGCGCCGCAAUCCAUCUUCAAGGCUCAACAUGCUCUCUGGUUCCCCAAUCUGCGUGGUCGUACUCUGGAAAAGGACUCGACCAAGAAUGCAGAAAAGAAGGAUCUGGUGACAGCCUUGAAGGGCAAAGUCAGCAUAGUCAGCGUCUUCUCGGCUGCCUGGGCCGAGCACCAAGUUGCCACUUUCUGCUCGAAAGAAAAGAACCCGGCCUUACACGAGGUGCUGGAACAAGAAAAGGCGAGGGGUAAAGCAGGUCUUGCUCAGAUGGUCGACAUCAACCACGAGCCCAAUGCUCUCAAGUGGUGGAUCUUGCGGGCCUUUGCCGGCAGACUGAGAGGCAUGCGACCCAAGCAAGACUGGAACAAAUACUUCCUGAUCAGACGCGGUAUCGACGACGACAUUAGAGAGGCCAUUGGUCUGUUGAACAGCAAAGUCGGCUACGUCUACCUGGUCGAUAGUGAGUGCAAGAUUCGAUGGGCUGGCAGUGCCGUUGCACACGAAGUCGAGCAAGAGGACUUGGUCACCAACCUGAAGAGGCUUUUGGCAGAGACAAGGAAGAACAAAGAGACCCCAAAGAGCCUGAAGGCCGACAGCGUGCUCGAGGCAGACGCCGUAACCGCCCCUCGAGCCGCUCAAUAA